CGCGGCGCUGUGAGCAGGGGCUGCUGCCGGUGGGCCACCAUGAGUGAAGAUGAAGCCCACCGCGAUGCUUCUCCUCCUGGCCCUCCUUUCUGCCGCUGGGCUGAGCCAAGCGUUCCAGACCUCGCUCCUGGAUUUGUCUGGGAUCCUUCCCAGCCUCAGCCGACCGGCAAACCACAGCCGCAUCUUCUACGCCGUGAUGUUUGACGCAGGGAGCACGGGGACGCGCAUUCACGUCUACACCUUCAUCCAGAGUGGCUCAGACGAGUUGCCGCUUUUGGACAAUGAGAUGUUCCAUUCCAUAAAGCCCGGGCUGUCCGCGUACGCCGACCACCCCGAAGUGGCAGGGCAGACGGUGAGGAUGCUGCUGAAGGUGGCCAGAAAGACGGUGCCUCGUCUGGAGUGGAAGAGGACCCCUCUGUUCCUCCGAGCCACGGCCGGACUCCGACUGCUGCCCGCGGAGAAAGCCCAGGCUCUGCUGGAGCAGGUUCAACACGUGUUUGACGAAUCUCCCUUUUCAGUCCCAGACAACGGCGUCAGCAUAAUGAACGGCACCAACGAAGGGAUCCUGGCUUGGAUUUCUCUCAACUUUCUGACGGGUCACCUGAAGGCGCCGAGUAAGAAGACAGUGGGGAUACUGGACUUGGGAGGAGGAUCCACUCAGAUCACUUUCCUGCCAAAGCUGAAGAAAACCAUCGAAAGCGUCCCCGUCGCUGACUACAUCGCCAGAUUUGACUUCUUCAAUUCCACAUACGAGCUGUACACACACAGUUACCUCGGAAAUGGACUGAUGGCAGCACGGCUGGCCACGCUGGGCGCGCUGGGCGCAGAAGGCCUGGAGUGGCGGGUUUUCAAAAGUUCCUGCCUGCCAAAGAAGUUCAGGGACGAAUGGAGCUUCGGAGGGCUGACCUAUCAAGUGAGCGGGGACCCCGACGGUUAUGUUGGAUAUAAGCUUUGUUAUCAGGAAGUGCUUAAGGUGGUGAAGGGGAUUAUUCAUCAGCCAUACGAGCUGGAAGACAACAAUGUUUUCUAUGCAUUCUCUUAUUACUUUGACAGAGCUGUGGAUGCGGGCCUUAUCGAUGGAGUCCAAGGAGGGACGCUGGAGGUCAGAGACUUCAAGAAGAGAGCCAAAGAGGUGUGCAACAAGAUGACCAAGAACCCGCCCGUCAGUCCCUUCCUGUGCAUGGACAUGACCUACAUCACGUGUCUCCUCAAGGAUGGCUUCGGCUUCAAGGAGAGCGCCGUGCUACAGCUGACAAAGAAAGUGAACAAUGUGGAGGCCAGCUGGGCUCUGGGUGCUACGUUGGACCACUUCCACCACCUGAAGAUCCGCUGAGGAGCGCUCGGAGCCGCCGUCCUCAGCGACGCCCGCUAACACAAAAGUACUGUGCACUACUUCCCCCUCCCCUUACAGAUCUGCUGUUUGUUAACUAACCUCAUGAGUACUCCUUAAUUUCUUUUUUGAAAAGCAAUUAUUCUCAAGUGUUAUUACAUCGAGCUGAGAACGAGCAACGCGUUACUUUACUCAGAACAAGUGAAGCACUGGAGGCUGAAUGAUAGAUGCUGCCGCUCAGGCGGCUCUUUGCAUUGCUGGAUGUAUAAUUAGUUUUUAAAUAGACGUCUUCCCCCCUCGUUCGUCGGCGGCUGAUGAACAGUGUGACCAGUCCCAUGAGGCUGGCUGCGUGAGACCGGUGUUUACAUGCAGGGACGAUGUGGUUCAUUUCAAUCGGGCAGAUCAGCCGCUCGGACGCCUGCUGCAGAGGACUACCGACGCAUUCCAGCCUGUGUCUUGUUUACGAUGGCAAUGCAUCCAUUAGUUUUAUAAACUCUUAGAACCCGUCUCAGUAUUUCUUUGGGAGUACUACUUUUCAAAAAAAAAAAAAAAAAAAAA